AAUCUGAGAGACGAAUCACGAAAGUUAAGACUUAAGAGCUCAUUACACUCUUUUUAUUAUUAAUGGAAUUCCUUCACUGAUAGUGCAUUAUUGUUAGAAACUUACAAAGUGUAUUUCAAAGGAAAAAUGUAUUUUUUAUAAUUUCAUAUCAAAGAAUUAGCCAUGGACGUGGAUCUUCUUAGGCCAGGAACAGUACCAAUAUCACCAGAUACUGUGUUAUGGUUUGAGUUUCUUCUUGAUCCUACAUUACUGAAAAGACAUUUGAAUAAACCUAAUCCAGAACCAUCAGGAUGUCAGUUAAUAGAAGAAUUUCUAUCAGUUGAUGCUAAGAAUCAAAAUUCUAAAUUAAGUGAUAGGGUAGUAGAUGUUGAUGGGCCAUCAAGUCCUGCUCCAAGUACACCAACUGUUUUACAAUUCACUAGAAAACAACUAGCAUUGAAGAUUUUAGCACUUAAAGUUGCGCCCACACUUAAUUGGAACUUAGAUGUCUUGGAAAAAAAUUUACCUCCUCAUAUACAACAGCAACUUAUGCAAGAUCUUGUAUUUAUGGCAACAGAUACAGCUUUUGCUGUUCCUCCUUUGGAAAUCCAAUCUGACCUUCUGCAACAGCUACAUGUGCAAUUUGCACUGACUUUAUAUCACAGAUGGGUGCUAAGGUUUCCGGUCAAGUCUGCACUUUUUAUGAAAUCGUCCAAGCUGCCAUAUGCUCAUUUGCCUGGCGCCCAAGGGGAUAUAACAUACAAUCCAUUAAAUCAAAACUUUGAAAAAAUAUUGCGUAUGUGUGAAUCAUCUAGGAUGCAAAGUAUAAGAUAUUUAGAAGGUAUUAUAGCAUACUAUGAAGGAACUCUUGGUCGAAGAGAGUCAAGAAAAAUAAAAAUACCCGUUAUGGAGACAUUUGUCAAUCUAACAGAAGAUUCUGAUGAUAUGAAUCAUGAUUGGAAUGCUGGUGAUAUUUAUAUUAGCCAAUACGAGUUAGCAAUGCAAGUUCACUUUGAUCUUUGCUAUAAUUACUUUUUCUAUGGGCAACAUGAUUUAGCUAAAAAGCACAUUUUAGGCUGUAGAGAAAACUCCAACCUCUUAGAAAGAGAAAUAGCCACCUAUGGUUAUGGUGGUAUCCAUAAAGAAAUGCCCUGGGAAAAUUUAUAUUAUGCAAGUAUGAAGAAGGAGGAUAUUCUGGGCUACAUAAGAGCUCUGAACUUGGGAUAUGAGCUAUUGAAUGAAGAACCACAUUUACUUCAGAAACUUCAGGAGUCUAUCGCGAAUCAUUAUGCGGGUAUUAUCGGCAUUUUGCAAGCUGAUAAUUUGGCUCGAGAAAUACCAUUGGUCCAUAGAGAAGUGGUUGAACUUGAUAUACAAGGAUCUGCCUCUAGUGGAGCAUUUACUGUAGCAAGAGAUCUUUUAAACAGAGUGUCGGUACUGAACGCCAUAAGAUACGCGUUAGAGGGCGGAAUACCUUCGACUCACCCAGAAUUUUUGAACAAAUUCAAAACCAUCGGCAUCAAGUACUUUGAUCUUCUCUUUUGGGCAAUGGGGCCUGUUCUAACAUCAGAUUUGUCUGAAAAGGAUUGGGAAAAUCUUCGGAUAUUUUUCCUUCAUCUAGCCACAUCAAACUGCAAGCUACCAAUAGAUAGAAUAGAUGACUAUCUAAAAAAAUAUGUCGGAGACGCCUCAGAGAGAGUUCGGCGAAAAUUAAUAUGUGACGAACAUUUGGAUGACAUUUUAAACGAUCCAAACGCAGUGGAUGACGAAAAUAUGGAUAUUCCAAGAGAAUUGCUCACUGAUGAUUGGGAGAUGCCGAAUUUCGAUUUCAAAACUGUACCAGAGUUGGAAAUGGGGAGGUUGAAGAAGCGGCUAGUUGAAGCAUCUACGGCUGAAGAUAUCAGAAUGCGUUUAGUGAAACUCGCUGUUAUGUCGCCGUCUUCGCCAUUGUGGAAGCUGAGUCCUUCAUGGAAGCCUCCGGGAGGGUUAGGGAUGGCAUUUAUAUCAUUGCCAAGAGGUUUCAUGCAAGACUUUGGGUAUAUAGUGUCAGGGCUGGCCCGGGCGAGAGUGGAAGCUGGGUGUUCCAGGACGGCACUUUCGUUACUCUCAGUGUUGGAAAAUGAGGCAAGGAGCCAGCUAGGUGUUGGGUCUGAUCCAACAUUAUAUCGUCUGUGUCGACAGUUGUCGUGGGAAGUUCUGUUCUUGCAAGUGAAUGUGUUGUUGAGUGAAUGGCCUAAUCACAGACUGAAUUUAUCGGCACUUGCUAAUAAAUGUAAAGCAUGUAUCGCUGCAGCGACAUCUGGGGAUGGGAUUGUGCCGCGACCACAGGUAUUGGAAGGUUGUUGGAUAUGCCUGGUAAAUGCGUGUGAGUGGGAGGGCGCUGGCGUCGUGUCAGGCCCUGGUGAGGCGGCCGCGGCCGUCUGCGCAGCUUGCUUUGAACUACAGCGGGGAAAGGCUGGUAGGAAGUUUCCAAGACCUCUCUGGGACUAUGCGCUCUCAAUAUAUAACAAUGGAACAAGCGGUCCCGUGAAGCGAACGGCCGGGGGCUUGCCCUCACAUUCCAGGGAUGUGCCAAACACGGCAUCCGAAGCGAGAAAUGCGUUUAACGCGUUUCUGGCAACCCUAAGAGAGCCUUUAGCUGUCAGCGUAGUGUUGUCCCUUCUAGCGAGGAUAUACAAUUUAAUAAUAGAUGACACGUCAGUGGAAUUAGUCGUGGAAUACACGAAUCUGUGGCCCUCGAAUAUUUCGAAUAUAAAUAACUAUAAUUCGAAAUAUGUAUUGGAAACGAUCACCGAAUUACUGGAGAGGAGUUUGAAGUAUUAUCCGUAUAAUACGUCAUGGUUACGUUUAUAUGGUGACGUGGAAAUGGCCUGCGGGCGCUGGGCACCGGCUCUUAGACGUUACCUUUGCGCCUUAGCUGCCGGUACUUGGCACUUCGCGAAGCGUGCCCCAGACGAAGGUAGUAUAACGCGUCGUGCAGCGCGAUGUUGUCAGGCAUUAGCAUCGCCUGCGCAGGCGGCCGCGUUAUGUCAGCUGCCCGACGAUCCAGACUAUGUUACAGCUUUCAAGUGCUUUGCGGAAAAGAGCAGCAACGCCGCGGAUGCAAUGGACGGUUACUACGGCUGUUUAUGGGAUGGCACGCUUCUAGAAGUUGCCGUUGCCCUACAUAAUCGGCGUGGCGAAGGAGGCAGAAAGGCCCGGACCGUAAAAGCCGCUGGGGCUUUAGAACUUAACGCUAAUAAUAGUGAAGAUAUUCAAAGAGAAGCCGCAGCUAUCAGACGGGCCAGACUGCUAAGGGCACUUACGAAUCAAUAUGUUGCUUAAAUAAAACCUUUAUAGUAUC